AUGUGGCUCUUUGUUCCACAUAAGGCUGUUCCUAUGCAGCAGCUGCUUCCCAGGAAGCCUGCAGAUGUGGAAAUGAGACAUGUGUUUGAAGAGCCCUUCUUGGUGACUUUCCAGUUCCUGACAUUGUGUGCGGUAUCCCAUCCUCACCGCUAUUUGGACCAAGAGCGCCUGGCCCUCCUCACACUGCUCUGCCGGGUCGGACUGGACAGGAGCCUGCGCAAUCAGCUCAGUGUGGACCUCCAGCAGCUGCUGCUCUUCCUGCUUGAAGGCAUCCAGGACUGGCCUGGAAAGCUACCAGAAUUGUGCGAGUCCCUUUGCCAUGUCUCUUUGCAUCACCAUAACCUGGUUGCUGCCGUGCACUCCUUUCCCGACACCACACCCAGGGGACGACAACUACGCAAGAACCUGAGCCUGUGCUUCAUGACCAAGCUGCUUGGAAAGACCCAAAUGGUGAAGAGCCUCCUGCAGAAAGAGAAUCAGUUGGAACAACUUGGCCAUCUCCUUCCCCUGACAAAGCCUGCUGCUCUGAAGAAAGGCUUGCAGAAGGAGUUGAGCCUCUCAGAGAUUCCUGGGAGCGGCCAAUUGGAGGCACUUGCUGAACUUGACCAAGAGGCUUGCUACCUGUGCUAUAGCCUCCUGACCUUGGCCAACGCAGUUGUGACUAACCAAGCUGUGCCUUCAAGACAUCAGAGGACCCUCUCUAAGCUCUGCAUCCAGCUGCAGCAACACAUCAGUGCCACCAUCCGAGAGGACUCCCGCCUCAUGUACCGGACGCAGCUCAAGGACCUGGCAGCCCGCACCUACAUCAAAUGGCAGGGGCUUCUGACCCGGGGCUGGCUGCAGACCACCCUCCCUGCAGGGCUGGAAUAAACACUCCUGUUGGGACACAUCUGAGGAACCCAAAAGGAUUUCUUUGCCAAAGGAAUCCUUUAAAACCAUCCUGCAAAAGUCCAGCAAAAUGUGAUGGAGCGAGAAGCCGGUGGGAGAGUCCAGUUUGCCUUCCCCUCAUCCUGUUCCUCCCAUCCCUGUUUUUCCAUCCCUUCCCUCCUCUCCCCCUUCCCAAGCCUUACCAUGUUAUCUCAGGCUUUGCAACCUUUUUCUUUUUUCACCCAAGAUCAAAGUUCUUGCAGGGGCUAAGCCAACAAUGCCUGCUAUUUAUUUAGACAACCCUGUGCCUUUAAGAAGCCUGCUUUCAAAGCAAACACUCGGGGAAGGAGAGCUGCACCCCGCCCUGCGCCAACCAGGCCAAAAUAAAUGUCAUUUUUAAUGGA